CAAUCGCGCGUACGAGUGUUCCUGCCAGUGUCAGCCGAUCUGGUCCCGCGCGUAGCUCGCGUUGGUCGUCAGGAAAAUGACGAUCACCGUGGUCCAGGCGAAGCUCGCCUCGAUGAUCGCCAUCGGGGUGGGAAGUUUCGUCGUGGGGGUUGCUCCAGCGUGCUUCGUUUCACGCGUACGCGACCUCCAGCAGAGGUUGUUCCUCUCGUGCACCCUCUGCUUCGGGGGUGGAGUGCUGCUGGCCACCUCGAUCCUCCACAUGUUGCCAGAGACGAGGGAGUCGGUACCGCAAUACGCAGAGCUGCUAUUCUCUUGCGGAUUCCUUCUGCUCUACCUCGUGGACGAAGUUGUGCAUUAUUUCUGGGGCAGCGAGGAAGAGCACAGCCCUGAGCAGCGAUAUGAGAACAGGCACGGAGUCACGGGGAACCAAUUCUAUGGCGCGACGACGAGGACCAUCGGGAGCGUGCACGGACCCGAGGUCAAUCCGAAAUCACUUUAUCAGACGAAUCUCGAUGGACAUGGAACGCACAGUGGAUGGAAAAGCAGCACUUACGGGAUGACGCAGUACGCGCCUAAUGCGCCACCUUGUUUCAACGAGGAGGCCACGUUUUUGUGCCAUGUGAAUCAUUCCAAACCGUGCCAGGAGUCUAAUACCAACUUGAUGGGCCUUUUGCUGGCCCUCACGGUGCACUCGAUCCUCGAGGGACUGGCGAUCGGUUUGCAGAAAGCCAUGUCAGAGGUAUUACUUUUGGUGGGAGCAGUGUCCUCUCACAAGUUCGUCGUCGGUUUUUGUUUAGGAUUGGAGCUAGCAGGCGCCAACAGCAGCCUUUGCAGGCUACUUUUAGCAAUUUUCUUUUUCUCCAUCGGGUCUGCAAUCGGAAUAGGAAUCGGAAUGAUAACGCUCCGCUUGGACAAGAGCUGGAUGGACUUCGCCUUUCCGUUUUUGCAAGGUUUAGCUGGUGGCACGUUGCUCUACGUGACAGUCAGCGAGAUACUUCCCAGAGAGAGGGCAAGAUGGCAUAAGAGCGAGCGACGUUACGCGGGUAUUUUACAGUUCUUCUCCGCGUGCGUUGGAUUCACUUUUAUUGCGCUCUUGAACAGUUACUUGGCCACGUGAACACUUCUCAGGCUAUUAUUCAAAGUUCACAGAAAUUGUCCGUAAAAAGAACUCGAAUGGAAUGGAACAAUGGACUGCGAAGAACUGAAAAACAAAAUAAAAAAGAAAUAGACAAAACAUAGGAAGCUUCCCAGAAAUAAAUUUGCUCGCGAAGCUAUCUUUGUUCGUGUAUAAAUAUGAGACACUAGUACCUACAUGUGACGGCUAUUGGGAAUAUCGUGUCGGACGGAAAGAGAGAUAGGGUGGAGAGAAAUACGUAUUUUAAAUAUUGUACAAAAAUAGAACCAUGCAUCGGAAUCGAUACGACGUUUUAGUCCGCGAUCAUCCCUUUUUUCCUGUCCGUUUACAGUCUGCUCUCCCCGAGUCAAUUUGACCUACGUCGAACUUGUUUUUAAACUUACAAUCUUUAACGAUUAUUAGAGCAGGGUUAAUAAGGAUAAUUGUAUAGAUAAACUGAUUUGCUCAUUCCCGCUUCAUUUUCAGAGAUACAGUAGUCUGGUUAACAGAUGUGCACUGUGUCAAAGGGCCAGCCAUCUCUUGAACCUGUAUUAAACAAUUUUUUCUUCAAAAGCAAUUCACCCAAUAAAAGAUCUGCUUACUGGC